AUGUUGCAUUGGGCGGCGCAGAGAAAUGAGGCUGCUUUGGCACGACAUUUGCUGUCCCUGGGGGCAGAUCCCGAUGCGAAAGAAUCGAUGCACCACCGUACCGCCUUGGACGUUGCGGAGAGACAGGGCAAUCGUGAGGUGGCAGCUGUCCUGCGGCCGGCAACCAGGAGUCGCAAUCUAGACCAGCUGAACUUCCCACAGACGGCUCGGGCCUCUCUUCCUGCAGCGGUGGGUGGUGCUGUCGAGGCAGCUGCCGUGCCUGCACAGAGGAGACGUUCAGACGCGGGCCUGCGGCGCAAGAGCAUGCGGCGCAGGUCCUCCUUAAUGCCCGAAGCAUAUCUCCCCGUCCUCGAGCAGAUUGACGAGCUGGGUUGGGAGAACAUGCAGUGGACGAGAGGCUUCACGCUGCUACACUGGGCAGCCCAAAACGACCAACCCAUGCUGGUCCAGCAGCUCUUUGCCAAGGGAGCUGAUCCUCUUCAAACCGAUGACGACGGCAGGACGGCUUUGGACUACGCCCGCGAGUCCGGCAGUCGAGCUGUCGUUGAGGCUUUGAAGCUCUACCGGCCCCUGGAGGAGGAAGAGUCUGACGACCUCGACCGGGAGUGA